GAAGAGUGCGUAAACGUCAAAGACGUGUUUUUGUAUGGGAGGUGGCAAAAUUACCAAAUGUCAAAGCAAAUAUUAUCGCGAGAAAAAUUAGUUUUUUCUUUUGUUUCUUAAUUUUUGUUGGCCAAUCAGUCCCUCAAUGCCGAUUCGAUGAUAGUUUGAAUAUAGUUUUGCAUAAUAUUUUCGUGUCAAGCGAAAUAUACGAACGGCAACUGGAAAUUCUGAGAAAAACGGAACAACAAAAAAUCUUGUCGUGUUCCACAGUGAAGUGCAUCGUAUUAUGAAUCCAAAAGUACGAUGGCAGAGUCUUUGUUGGACUCUAGGAUGUGUUUUUAUUGCAUCGGAAUGGUUUUUGGUGCGGGGUGAUUCAGUGCCUACCCAUAAUAUGUCAAAUAAAGAACGAAAUGAAUUAAAGGAAGAGGCCCGAGAGAUGUUUUAUCAUGCAUACAACGCGUACAUGGAUAAUGCAUAUCCAGCCGAUGAACUAAUGCCCCUGUCUUGCAAAGGGAGGAUAAGGGGAGUAAGUCCGUCUCGUGGUGAUUUAGACGACGUUUUAGGAAAUUUUUCAAUGACGCUGGUAGACAGCUUAGACACGCUAGUUCUGCUAAAUGACUUCGAAGAAUUUGAGCAUGCCGUCAAAUUGGUUAUCGAAAAUGUUCGAUUCGACAGCGACAUCGUUGUCUCGGUGUUCGAAACGAACAUUCGAAUGAUUGGUGGACUACUUUCUGCACACAUUUUAGCAGAAUAUAUUCAAAAAGAGGCCGAUUAUAUGCCGUGGUACCGAGGCGAGCUGUUGGAAAUGGCCAAAGAUUUGGGAUAUCGUUUACUUCCAGCAUUUAAUACGUCGACGGGUAUCCCACAUGCUAGGGUAAAUCUCCGCCAUGGAAUGAAAGUGGAGGAGCUGCGACAGUCGCGAGAAACGUGUACGGCAUGUGCAGGAACCAUAUUGCUAGAGUUCGCGGCUUUGUCACGACUGAGUGGCGAGCCCAUUUUUGAGCGUAAAGCACACGCGAGUAUGGACGCCCUUUGGAAACUGCGCAACCGAGGAUCCGAUUUGAUGGGAACCGUUCUGAAUGUACACAACGGCGAUUGGGUGCGACGAGACUCGGGUGUUGGCGCUGGCAUCGAUUCGUAUUACGAAUAUUGCCUGAAGUCGUACGUGUUGCUGGGCGACGGCAAAUACUUGGCGAGAUUCAAUCGCCAUUAUUCGGCUGUUAUGAAGUACAUCAGUCAGGGACCAAUGUUGCUAGACGUUCACAUGCAUCGGCCGCAUGCGAAAUCUAGAAAUUUCAUGGAUGCCUUGCUGGCAUUCUGGCCGGGUCUUCAAGUCCUUUCUGGCGAUUUGAAGCCAGCUGUUCAAACGCACGAAAUGUUGUACCAGGUCAUGCAGAUGCACACAUUCAUACCGGAAGCGUUUACAUUCGAUUUUCAGAUUCAUUGGGGACAGCACCCACUUCGUCCAGAAUUCAUUGAGUCCACAUAUUUCCUGUACAAAGCUACUGGCGAUCAUUAUUACCUACAAGUGGCGAAAAAAGCCCUGCAAACACUGCAGAAACAUGCACGAGUUGACUGCGGUUUUGCAGCCGUGAAUGACGUUCGAACGGGAAAGCACGAAGACCGAAUGGACUCGUUCGUAUUGUCGGAGACCAUAAAAUAUCUGUUCCUGAUAUUCGCCGAUCCGUCCGAACUGAUAUUGGAUUUGGACAGUUUCAUCUUCACCACCGAGGCACACUUACUUCCACUGUCGUUGGGUCAAUUGACCAAUGCAACAAGCGAAGUCAUCGAUCAGGAUGAUCACGUUGCUAUGGAUUACAUGCGUUCGUGUCCAAGUCCGAACAAAUUAUUUCCUGAAACCGUUAGACGCCCGCUACGUGAUCUCGUCACAGGAGUAUGUCCGCGCAUAUCGAAUUCGAAGCGCCUUCGAGCUCUUGACUUUCAAUCAAGUAAUGCAGAUCAUCUACGAACGGUUUAUGAUAUGGGUAUCUCAAUGGUAUCACUAGGCGACGGUAAGGUGCAGUUAAUGCACAGCUUUUACAAUGCUAAGUCACCGGAGGAUGCCGAGAAGGGAUUGCUAUUCAUGCAAGAAAUGCUGGAAUUAUCGAAAUCCCAGACUGUUAGCCAAUUGACUGAACUUCAGGCUGUGUUCUUCUCGACGGGUAGCGAUGAAAGCAUCGAAGUGAUAAUGGCUGGACCUAGUCAUUUCAGUCCCGAAUUGACGGGCGAAAAUUCCAUUCGACAAAAAGUCGUCUACGCAAAUCCGAUAAAAUUGUGUUCAGAGCUUCAGAACGAGGUUAACGGCCGCAUUGUCAUUGUGGAACGUGGCGAAUGUACAUUCGUGGAUAAGGCGCGUAAGGCACAAGCGGCUAAAGCUGUUGCGGUCAUUGUUAUCGAUAAUGUUGUAGGCUCGACGAGCCAAGAUUCGCCUAUGUUCGCCAUGUCUGGCGAUGGCGUUAGCGAUGUAACCAUUCCAGUUGUAUUCGUUUUUACAAAAGACGCCGAACCACUUCAUGCUGCCAUCAAAAAUAACACCGAUUUGGAGGUGAACAUAAUGCAAAUGGUUGAGCUGAAAAAGCGUAUCGAGAAAAUGCGAAUACAAAAAGUGUAUGAAAAUUGAAAACGUUUCCGUGCAUACAAAAGCGUCCCAUCCUAACCAAAACAAAAACCGGAAAAGAUUUAAAAAAAAACAAUUUUUGUGAGAGUCAAAAUUUAAGUGAGAGAAAAAGAAGAGUUAACGGAAAGGCAGAAAAAAGAAUCGUCUAACGAAAGGAGUGUGUCGUCUUGAUGUGGUGGUUGUGUGUAUAUAUAAAUGAGACAAAACAAAAAAAGCAAAAGUAAAACAAAGUGGCAUUGAUUGAUUGAUUAGACCGAAUUGAUUUUAAGGAAAAAAAAAGAAAAUAUUUUUUAUCUUCCGAAGAAAGAGAGGACAAAAAAGUGAUAUUGUGACCUUGUUUUAUAAGGAGAGACGAAA